ACUUCAGCUUGCUGUUUGGAAUCCCGAUUCCCUCAGAACACUCCCAGGAGAGAGCUGCAGCUUGACUCUGAUGCUAUGGGAUGUGUGAACUGCACUUGUCGAAAAAAGGUGGAUAAGAAGAGCUGUGACCCAGACAAUGAGCAAAGUACCGAUGUGACUGUGAGAAGAUCAUCAUAUAAUGGUGCAGGAGCAGACACAGCAUCGACAAACGCUGCAGCGGGAGAAGUCCUGCCAGAAGAAUCUCCGAAGACAAAGGAAGAUCAUGCAGACAAACCACUGCAGACAAAACAAACUCUGCAAAAAGACAAAUCUCCAAAGACAGAGAAAUGUUUGCAAACAGACAAAUCUCAACAGCCAGACAAUUCUCUGGAGAAAGAUGAAUCUCUGCAAUCAAAUGAACUGCCACAAACAGAAGAAUCUCCAAAGACAAUUGAAGAUCAUGUAGACAAACCACUGAAGACAAAACAAACUCUGCAAAAAGACGAAUCUCUGAAGACAGAGGAAGAUCAUGUAGACAAACCACUGCAGACAAAACAAACUCUGCAAAAAGAUGAAUCUCCAAAGACAGAGAAAUGUUUGCAAACAGACAAAUCUCAACAGCCAGACAAAUCUCUAGAGACAGAUGAGCCUCUGCAGACACAAAAAUCUCCAAAGACAGAUAAACAUCAUGUAGACAAACCACUGCAGACAAAACAAACUCUGCAAAAAGAUGAAUCUCUGCAAACAAAUGAACCGCCACAAACAGAAGAAUUUCCAAAGACAGAGGAAGAUCAUGUAGACAAACCACUGCAGAUGAAACUAACUCUGCAAAAAGAUGAAUUUCCAAAGACAGAGAAAUGUUUGCAAACAGACAAAUGUCAACAGCCAGACAAAUCUCUGGAGACAGAUGAGCCUCUGCAGACAGACAAAUCUCCAAAGACAGAGGAAGAUCAUGUAGACAAACCACUGCAGACAAAACAAACUCAGCAAAAAGAUGAAUCUCUGCAAACAAAUGAACUGCCACAAACAGAAGAAUCUCCAAAGACUGAUGAACUUUUACAAACAGAUCAAUCUUCACAGAUGAAAGAAUCUCAGAAGAGAGAUAGACCUCUCCAAAACGAUGAAUCUCUAAAGACAGAGGAAUGUUUACAGACAGACAAAUCUGAACAGCCAAGCAAAUCUCUGGAGACAGAUGAACCUCCACAAACAAAAGGAUCUCCAAAGACAGAUGAACUUCUGCAGAGGAGAGAAGAAUCUCCAAAGACAGGUGAAUCUCCUCUAAUACCAGAAAACAGCCUCCGUGAGCAGUUGACUGAAGCAUUGGACAGUAUAAAGAGAGAGAAUAAAGACCCUGGAGCAGCAGGAGUCAGUUCAGAUGAAGACCUACAGCAGGAAAAGACUAAAAAUUACAAAACAGAGCAUCUAUUUCACAGAAUUAAUCUUGAAAGAAUCAACAAACUUAGAGCUGCAGAUGUUCUUCAGAUAACUGCACGUUCAUUACAAUCCCUUGAGUUUUGUGCUGAAAAGGAGCUGGCUCAGACGUUUAUUCAAAAACUACUGAUGAUGAACUACAGAGUAAGAUACAUUAAUAAGGCCAGUGAACAUGAUAAAACACAACAAAGAGAGACUGACACAUCUGAAGACGUUGGUGAUAUAUUCCAAGCAAUAUCUUUAUCUAAUAAAGGAACAAGCCAAUCUGAGCGAAUCCACCCAAUGGAUGUUCAGAUGGCCGUGUUUCAUUGUGCUGAUGGUUUCCUGAAGCAGCUAAUGGUGACUAAACUAUCCCAGUGUCAGUACGCUCUGCCUCUGCUUAUUCCUGAUCCAUUCACACGACAGAUUGAGUUUCCUCUCUGGACAUUCAGACAAAUCAACAAGAGCUGGAAGAUGAGAAACACCAACAAUGAAGUCAUCAGUCAAAUCCAGCCAAUCUACAAGGCACAAACUCCAAUGGUGUUUUUCUUCAGGUUUGGCUCUGUGUCUUCAUCCAAGUCUCAGCUGAUGAACAGUCUGAUCAAUGACAAACACAACACGUUCUUCCACAGGAACUGCCCAGGCAGCAGCAGAACCAGAGUCCUGAUGGAUGGAGUGGUGGAGAUCGCCUGGUUCUGCCCCUCUGGGAAAAACACAGAUAAAUUCACUGACUGUGUUUCUUUCUGUAAUCUACACGGUGAUGCAGGAGACCAUGAGAAACAGCUGCAGAUCCUCACUGAAAUGGCCUCAGUCAAUGUUGUUCUUCUAACACAAUUGGACAGGAGUGACAGAAGUGCGGCAAAGAUUCAAAACCUGUUCACAAACAAAAAGGCACUCAUUUGUCUUUUUACUGAGGAUGAAUCUACUAUAAUAAAGAUGAGAAAAGGGAAAUUCAAAAUCGGUUUGAAAGACAGAAAUCAGUCAGAUGUAUCAGACGAACUUAGAAGAGCUAUAAAUGAUUGUCUCUCAGAAACAUCUUCUACUUUCAGACUUGAAGACAUUAGACAAGACAUCAGAAUAGAUGAGGAAGAUGAUGAUGACUGCAGAAGAGGAAGAGAAGCAGCACAGCAGAUGAUGAGUUUACUGGAGAAUAAACAUCUGACAGAAAUUAAAGAAUCAUUUAUGCCCCAUCAGGGGAAACUGUGGCAUCAGUGGAGUCAGAAAAACAAAGACCUACAUCGACCUCAAGGAGAUGAGACAGAAAUGGACAUGAGUAGAAAAGAAACAGAAAUGAAAAAAAUUAGACAACAACAGCAUGAAUCUGACAUCAGUGAGUUUAUGAAGCUCUUUAUUAAAGAAAUGAGCUCACAUGCUGCCAACAAGAUGACAUUUUUCCUCAAAUGGCUCAGAAUCCUUCUAGAUGAACAUACAUCAGCUGACCUUUCUGCUCUUCAUCACAAGUAUAAUAACAAAUGGUCAGAAGUUGUAAAACUGAAAGAGAAUCAUGAUGAAUGUGAACAAUUCAAAGCUAAACAAACAGAGCUUGAAAAAAUAUCUAUGGAUCUUCAAGCUGCAGCCUUUGGUUUGGAGCACAUCAUGAGGGAGAUCGGUCAGAUCUAUGAAUCAUGUUCAUCUGUGAAGAAGAACAAGAAAAACCUGCAGAUUCACUUCUCUUCUCUCCCGAAUCUUGCAGCAGAGAUGAUGAUCUCUGGGUUUCCACUGGAGCUGAUGGAUGGAGAUGCUGCUCAUGUUCCUGUGAUCUGGAUCUCUGCUGUUCUAGAUCAACUCAUCCAGAAACUGGGAGACCAGAGAGUCUUUGUGCUGUCAGUUUUAGGGAUUCAGAGCUCUGGGAAAUCCACCAUGCUGAAUGCCAUGUUUGGACUCCAGUUUGCCGUCAGUGCUGGCAGGUGCACCAGAGGAGCUUUCAUGCAGCUGGUCAAAGUGUCAGACGAGAUGAAAACACAGAUGAACUUUGACUAUAUUCUGGUUGUUGAUACUGAGGGUCUUCGUGCUCUAGAACUGGCUGGAAGAUCAACAAGACAUCAUGACAAUGAAUUGGCCACAUUUGUUGUAGGUCUUGGAAAUCUGACCUUGAUUAACAUAUUUGGAGAAAACCCAUCUGAGAUGCAGGACAUUCUUCAGAUUGUUGUUCAGGCCUUCAUGAGGAUGAACGAGGUCAGACUGAAUCCCAGCUGUGUGUUUGUGCAUCAGAACGUUUCAGACAUCACAGCUGGAGAGAAAAACAUGGAGGGAAGGAGACGACUUCAGAAGACACUGGAUGAGAUGACAAAACUCGCUGCUAAAGAUGAAGUCUGUGAUGCCCAAUGUUUCAGUGAUGUCAUUUCAUUUGAUAUACAGAAAGAUGUGAAGUAUUUUGCUCAGCUCUGGGAGGGCAGCCCACCAAUGGCACCACCAAACCCAAACUACUGUGAGAACAUUCAAGAACUGAAGGAAUCUCUUCUUUCAAAUGCUGCAAAAUCACAUGGAAUGAUGCUGAAACACCUACAAGAUCGUAUUAAAGAUCUCUGGGAGGCUUUACUGAAUGAACGAUUCGUCUUCAGCUUCAGAAAUUCUCUGGAGAUUUCAACCUACAGGAAACUGGAGACCGAAUACAGCAAGUGGUCCUGGACUCUUCGCCGUGCCAUGAUGGAAACUGAGAACAAAAUGCACAAUCAAAUAGAAAAUGAAGCAAUUCAUGAGGUUGAGGAAACUCAGAUUCAAAGAGAACUGAAGAAGACAAGUGAAGAAGUCAAAAAAUCAAUGUGUGAAUUUUUUGAGAAAGACAAAGAUAAAGAUAUACUGAUUCAGUGGAAAAUGUCAUUUGAGAUCAGAAUCAAAGAGCUUCAGGAAAACAUUACAAGAGAAACUAAGAGGAAAUUAAAUGAGCUCCUUCAGCAGCGAGACCUGAAGAAAAAAAUUGAUGCUCAGAGAACAAAUCAUGAAAACACUCUCUUAGAAAAGAGCAAAGAACUUGCUUUAAAACUUAAAGACAAAGCAAAUGAUGAAGAAACACUGAAGAAAGAGUUUGAUUCAUUUUGGGAACAGAGUGUGAAGAAAAUCAUUACAGACACUCCUGCAAUCAAACACAUUGACAUAUUGAGAGAUGUGAAACUCCUGCUCAGUGAUGUCUAUGAAAGCACUCCUGUAAAUCACUGGAAGGAGAGCAAGGAUAUUUUCUCUGUGUCAAGUUAUUCUGAUUAUGUACAGUUAAGGAAAUCCAGUGGACUUGGAAGACAUGUUACAAAUAUGUACAUAUCUGCUAAAGAGAAGUUGGGUUAUGUUCUAUCUCAAGAGGAUGAAACCCAAAUACGAUCAUUAGUAACAGAUAUUUUUCAGAAGACAGACAAAAUGAUUAAGUCAUUUAACAUUUCAAAGAUGGGAUACAAUAUCAGCUACAUUCAACAACUCACAGGUUACAUUAAGGCAAGAAUAACACAACAUGAGGAAGGACCAGUGAACUAUGUAUUUAAGAACGAAUUCUUCAUGGAUUUGUUUCUUUCCAUCUGUAAAAAAAUUAACAAGACUAUCACUGACCAACACAGACUGUUCAGAGAUGCAAAUGAUCCUGUAAUAUAUGUUGAGAAGAAGAGAGAUGAGUACUAUAGUAUUUUCAGGAAAUACUGUCAUGGAGCAACAUCAGCUGCCAUUUUUGGUGAGAUCAUCUGUCAGAAACUCAAAGAGCCCAUUGAGCAGAGUGUCUACAAGAAGACUGCCAGAGAUUUAGCAGGUGAAAUUAGAGCAAAUUUUCCAUCGGUGAGUGGAAACAGAUCUAAUCUGGAAAAACACAUCUUGAAGACACUGGCAGAAGAGGAGGAUUUUGACAAAUACAUGAACUACAUUAAUAAUCCCAGAGAUCACUUCAAGAGUUUCAUCAGAGAUGAAGUCAGAGAGUACACUGAUAAGUUCAGUGUCAGUGUUUUACCCAAGAUGAAGGAGAACAUUGAACUCCUGCAGCAGAGGAUUGUGAAAGCAGCACAUGAAUCUACUGAACAUGUUCAAGUGAACAGUGGAGAUGUUGGUUUGUGGUUGAAGAGUUUCACACAGCAGCUCUCAGAUGAGCUGAUCUUCUCUGAAAAAGACCUCAGUGGAGUCAAACAUGAUGAUGUUGAUGAUUUCAGCCUCCUAAAAGAUGUGAUUAGAAAAGAACUUCCUGCCAUAAUUUCUGAGAUCAGCAAUAAAUUCAACACAAAAACAUUUGAUGAAAAACUGGAUGUCAAGUUCAGACCAGAUGAGCUUCUGAUUGAUCACUUGUGUCAGUGCUGUUGGGUUCAGUGUCCAUUCUGUACAGCUAUCUGCACCAACACCAUAGAAAACCAUGAUGGAGAUCACAGUGUUCCCUUCCACAGAGUCAAUGGAAUUAAUGGAUGGCAUUACAAUCUAACAAGCAAUCUCUGUGCAGAUAUUUGCACACAUUUAGUAGCAAGUGGUAGAAACUUUCUUAUAUUUGAUGGAGUGUUUCCAUACAAAGAAUACAGAAGAGCAAAAGGAGCUUAUGCAGACUGGAGCAUCACCCCUGACCAAUCCGAGAUGCCAUACUGGAAGUGGUUUGUGUGCAGAUUCAAGGAAGAUCUGGAAAAUCACUACAAGGGAAAAUUUGAAGGAAGAGGUAAAAUUCCAAAUGAAUGGAAAAUGCUCAAAAAACAGGAUGCUAUUGAUAGUUUGGAUCAAUACAUUUAAAAAUACA